AUGCAGAGAACACUAUGGUUACAUGAAAUAACUGACAUGUUAGAGACAAACGACGAUAUCGAUGCAAGCGCGAUAGUCAUGCAACCAUAUGAAAAUGCUACAUCACCUGUUUCCGACGAGGACUCCGAAGAUGAGGAAGGUGGAACGAUAAAUAAUCUGCCAGAUUCUUUGCUGCGGGCGCCUGCUCAUCUUGUUCAAGAUGGUUCUGACUCUGACUCAGACCCGAAUGAUCCUUCCUAUCAACCUGAAAAUGACUAUGAAGUUGCUUCUACCUCUACUGUGCAGUAA